AGCUGCCAGGAAGUGGCUUGUUAAAAAUUUAAUUUGCGUGCUCCUAGAUUUUCACUGAAGCAAAACUGGAGUGUUACAGGCUGGAAACUGCCUUCUUCCUUGGAAUUGAAGCAGGGGCUCUGCUUCAGUAUGAGAACUGCCUUUAUUUUCUAUGUCUUUGUCACGCUUUCUCUAACACAGGGUGCUCUGAAAAAUGAAAUUGAAAAUAGAGAUGACCAAAUUGGUACUCAAACAGUAUGUGGACAGGUGAUGAAUCAGAACCGUAUUGUGGGCGGAGAAGAUGCUUCUCGAAAUGCUUGGCCAUGGCAAGCCAGCCUCCAAUACCAAGGGAGACAUGUCUGUGGAGCGACCCUCAUCAGCUCUCAAUGGAUACUGACAGCAGCCCAUUGCUUCCCUAAGAAAGCCAUACUCUCUGAUUACCAAGCCAACUUGGGAAACUACCAGCUCUUGAAGCCAGACCCAAAUGCUGUGUGGCGGAAACUGUCUCAAGUGGCUGUGCACAAGGACUAUGCCGGAGAUGGAACCAGUGGGGACAUAGCUGUGGCUCAGCUAGAGCAACCUGUCCGUUUCACCCAAGGCAUCCUUCCAGCCUGUCUCCCACAUGCCAAAAUCCAGUUCCCAAACGGCACCCUUUGCUGGGUGACAGGGUGGGGUUCACCUGCAUAUGGAGCCAAUCUGGGAGGUCCUAAAACAUUGCAGCAGGUCCAGUUGCCAUUGAUAGACACCAUGACCUGUGAUGCGCUCUUUCAUAUUGGUACGAAUAUCAGUCCCACCAACAGAGAGAUCAAGGAUGACAUGUUCUGUGCUGGCUAUGCAGAGGGAAAAAAGGAUGCUUGUUUGGGUGACUCCGGAGGUCCAUUAGUCUGCCAAGAGAAUGGUGCUUGGUUUGUUGCAGGCAUUGUGAGCUGGGGUGAUAUGUGUGGCCUUCCCAACCGCCCAGGAGUUUACACCAGUGUUAGUUUUUAUCAAGACUGGAUUCAGAAUCACUUUCCUGGGGUGCAAUUUGGUCUUGUAAAUGUCACUUAUUACCAAGUUCCUUCACCUCAACAUGCCUCAAGCCAAGUCCUCAAAAAUUUCAAUUUUGUUCUCCAGCUUCUGAUCUCCUGCUUUAUCAUCAUUUUCUGAGACCGAUUGGGAAUAAGACAUUCUGUGCUUUUAUUUACCAAGUUGAUUUUUUACGGAAAAAUAAAUCUUAACCAAAGUCUCCUUGGAACGGCAGCAUCUUAUACUAAAGAAGACAUUUAUGGAAGUUUAUGGAAACACCACCAGCUUCUAUCCUUGACGUGGCAUUAGAAGUCCAUUUCUCCCAAAUGAAUGGAUUGUGAAAUGUGAAGUUUAUUUUUUAUCAUAGAAUAUUAUGGAUUUUUAGGGCAUUAGAGAUGUGGAGAGAUAUUUUACUGGUGAGAGAAUCAUAUUUCUUCAUUUUGUUCUGUUCAUCUAACUCUCUGAAGGAGAACAAGAGCUCUCAGGUUUGUUUCUCAAAGGGGUUAUUCAUGUCACUUCAUACACACACACAUACACAUACAUAUAUACAUACCAUCCCACUUACCAAAGGGCUACUUUUUAUCUAUUAUUUUUUUAGCUCUUUCCACUGAUAACAAGAAAAGGAAAUAUGGAAGAGCCACCCUAUUCAAGUCAUUUUGAAUUUUCAUCAAGGCUUCUGGAUAGUAUUUGGCUGGCACUACUCUAACCCAACAGUUCCUUUUUCUGAAUUUGAAAUGGUGAGGGAAGUGAUGUAGUAAAACAGCUAAAUGUAACCUUGUUCCUUUAGAAGACUAGAGCUCCUCAUCUGAGGAAUCUCAUUUUGCCACAGUAUCUACCUCAGACUUAGCCUUAGACUUGAUCUACCCAUUGAAUGAAAUUGUAGGAUCUUGAAGUUGUAGAAUGGUAGGUAGAUCAUAUCACUUGAAAAUGCAGACAGGGAAAUGCUUUUGGUUAUCUUCCCACAUUUCUUCCCCAAAUAAUGCAUUAAGAAGAAGAAAAAAAUGAAAUAGAUCCAUAGUGGCUUUUAGUUAACCACGUAUUGACAUCUCUCUGGGAGUAUUAGAAAUAUUGGAAAAUAUGUGGUGUGUAUCAAUUGGAAAGAAGGCUUGGCCAAGAAUACUUCUUAAAAUCUAUGCUUCUUAAAUCUAUUGGAAGAGACUUUCCCUCACCUCCUCUUUAUAUAGCAUUCUUGUUAGGAAUAAUUUAAAUAAUAACUGGAGAAAAUACUGCAAAGAAUCACAGAACCAAAUCUUAUUGGAUUUUUGACACAUAGGGCUAAAUAUUUCAGGUAUGUUUUCUUAUCACUAGGUUGGGCUUGAUGGGAAAGAAAAUAUGCUUUUGAUGAGAAAAUAUGCUUUUAAGGACAAAAUGCAAAUGAAUAGAGAUUUUGCCAGGUUCCUGGUACAUUCAUGGUAUAGUCAUGUUUUCAAUUUCUUUGUAAAGAAAAUAAAUAAUUUGUAAUUA